AUGGGGCUCGCGACGGUAGCUGAGCAGUGGACUGCGCGCUAUGGUCUGAUCGUGUCCCCCAAACUCAAGUUGAAUUUACUGUCAAAUGCAAUAGUAUUAAAUGGUGGUGUCUUUAGGGCGCGGUUAAGUGCCGCAAACAGAACCAACACCUGCCGAGGCCAGUAUGCUGUCAGCACUGUCACCCCAACACUGAUGGCUGACCAUAAAGGAUCUCUGCGGGGAGCCUCGCCCUCAUCUCCGCCCCAGUCUCGGGGCGGGCCGGAGUCUGAGGAAGAGGAAGGAGACGAGGACAACGAGCGACGGGCGGCGGAGGACGCGGAGGAGGAAGGGGAGGCCGACCAACAAGAUGGCCCCUGCUGCAGGAGCAGCCUCAGCAGCAGCAGGUGGGGGGCUGGAGGCGGCGCUGGCGGUGGCGGCUACGGCCGUGGUCCCGCGGCCUGGGACAGAGUCAGAGUCGAUGGUGGCGGCGGCGGCGGCGGCUGCCGCGACGGUGGCGACGGCCGCAGGGACUCGGAGCUGAGAGGAGCUGCUGCUCGGACCAGCGCGAUCCCUGAGCAACAGCCCAUUACUUUGUGUAGUGGGGUUGAAGAUACAAAGCAUUAUGAGGAAGCCAAGAAAUGUGUAGAAGAAUUAGCCUUGUACCUGAAACCACUCAGCAGUGCUAGAGGAGUGGGUCUGAAUAGCACUACUCAGAGUGUUCUGAGUCGCCCAAUGCAGAGGAAGCUUGUGACUCUAGUCCACUGCCAGCUAGUGGAAAAAGAAGGAAGGAUCCGUGCUAUGAGGGCUGCUCGAUCUUUAGGUGAACGCACAGUUACAGAGCUCAUUCUCCAGCACCAAAAUCCUCAGCAGCUCUCCUCUAAUCUCUGGGCAGCAGUCAGAGCUAGGGGCUGCCAGUUCCUUGGACCAGCAAUGCGGGAGGAAGCACUGAAGCUUGUCUUGCUGGCCUUGGAAGAUGGUUCUGCUUUGUCACGGAAAGUGUUGGUUCUCUUUGUGGUACAAAGACUGGAACCACGUUUUCCUCAAGCCUCUAAAACCAGCAUUGGACAUGUUGUUCAGCUCCUUUACAGAGCCUUCUGCUUCAAGGUCACCAAACGUGAUGAAGACUCUUCUUUGAUGCAGCUGAAAGAAGAAUUUAGGACUUAUGAAGCUCUGCGACGAGAACAUGACUCCCAGAUAGUGCAGAUUGCUAUGGAAGCAGGCUUAAGAAUUGCACCAGACCAGUGGUCCUCUUUGCUUUAUGGAGACCAGUCUCACAAAUCUCAUAUGCAGUCCAUUAUUGACAAGUUGCAGACCCCUGCCUCCUUUGCACAGAGUGUUCAGGAGCUAACAAUUGCUCUCCAGCGAACUGGAGACCCAGCAAACUUGAACCGACUAAGACCCCACUUGGAGCUACUAGCAAACAUUGACCCUAGUCCAGAUGCUCCUCCUCCAACAUGGGAACAGUUAGAAAAUGGCCUGGUUGCUGUACGUACAGUAGUACAUGGAUUGGUUGAUUAUAUUCAGAACCACAGCAAAAAAGGAGCAGACCAACAGCAGCCUCCACAACAUAGCAAAUACAAAACAUACAUGUGUCGAGAUAUGAAGCAGAGGGGAGGAUGCCCUCGUGGGGCCAGCUGUACCUUUGCACACUCACAAGAAGAACUGGAAAAAUUUCGUAAAAUGAACAAACGUCUGGUUCCCAGAAGACCCCUGAGUGCCUCUUUGGGUCAACUUAAUGAGGUGGGCCUGCCUUCAGCACCUAUGCUUCCUGAUGAAAGUGCAGUGGAUUUGUCAAGCAGGAAACCUCCUGCGCUUCCAAAUGGAAUUGUAUCGGCAGGGAGCACAGUGACACAGCUGAUUCCACGUGGGACAGACCCCAGCUUUGAUUCUAGUCUGAAGCCAGGAAAACUAGACCACCUGAGCAGCAGUGCUCCUGGGUCCCCUCCUGACCUGCUGGAGUCUGCGCCUAAGAGUAUUUCUGCCUUACCUGUGAAUCCACAUCCUGUACCUCCAAGAGGGCCAACAGAUUUGCCUCCUAUGUCUGUCACCAAACCAAUACAGAUGGUACCUCGAGGUUCUCAGUUGUAUCCUGCCCAACAAGCGGAUGUUUAUUACCAGGAUCCUCGAGGAACUGCCCCACCAUUUGAGCCACCACCUUAUCAGCAGGGUAUGUACUAUACUCCACCACCAUGUGUGUCCCGCUUUGUCCGACCUCCACCAUCUGCUCCUGAACCUGGUCCUCCAUACUUGGAUCAUUAUCCACCCUACCUCCAAGAUCGUGUCAUAAACUCUCAGUAUGGCACACAACCACAACAGUACCCUCCUAUGUACCCACCUCACUAUGAUGGCCGCCGUGUGUACCCUGCUCAGUCUUACACAAGAGAGGAGAUUUUCCGGGAAAGCCCAAUACCCAUUGAGAUUCCAUCUGCAGCAGUACCAUCCUAUGUGCCCGAGUCCAGAGAACGAUACCAACAGGUAGAGGGUUACUAUCCAGUGGCCCCUCAUCCAGCUCAGAUCAGACCUUCAUACCCCAGGGAUCCUUCUUAUAGUCGACUUCCUCCUCCCCAACCCCAUCCUAGCCUGGAUGAGCUACAUCGCAGACGGAAGGAAAUAAUGGCCCAGCUCGAGGAAAGAAAGGUUAUCUCUCCACCUCCUUUUGCACCUUCACCAACAUUGCCUCCUGCGUUCCAUCAAGAAGAAUUUUUGGAUGAAGAAUUCAAGAUAGCUGGGAAAUAUAAAGCAAAUGAUUAUAGCCAAUAUUCUCCUUGGUCAUGUGAUACCAUCGGCUCCUACAUUGGAACCAAAGAUGCAAAACCCAAAGAUGUUGUGGCAGCAGGGAGUGUGGAAAUGAUGAAUGUAGAAAGUAAAGGAAUGAGAGACCAGAGAUUGGAACUCCAGAGAAGAGCAGUGGAAACUAGUGAUGAUGACCUCAUCCCGUUUGGAGACCGACCAACAGUAUCUCGGUUUGGUGCCAUCUCUCGAACAUCCAAAACACUGUAUCAGGGUGCUGGCCCAAUGCAGGCUAUAGCACCUCAGGGAGCACCCACAAAACCUAUCAGCAUUUCAGAUUACAGUUCAUAUGGAGCUCAUGGUGGCUGGGGAGAUUCUCCAUACUCACCUCAUCCAAACAUACCUCCUCAGGGACACUUCAUUGAGAGGGAAAAAAUAUCCAUGGCAGAAGUGACCAGUCAUGGAAAAACCCUUCUGUCUGCUGAAAGAGAACAACUACGGUUAGAAUUACAGCAACUGAACCAUCAGAUUAGCCAGCAGACCCAGCUUCGUGGACUAGAGGCUGUUAAUAACCGACUGGUGGUACAGAGGGAGGUGAACACCCUGGCAGGCCAGCCACAGCCCUCUCCACUGCCUCCAAAAUGGCCUGGAAUGAUCUCAAGUGAGCAAUUAAGCUUGGAACUACAUCAGGUGGAAAGGGAAAUUGGCAAGAGAACACGGGAAUUGAGUAUGGAGAACCAGUGUCCUGUGGACAUGAAAAAUAAACUGGGUACAAGUAAACAAGCAGAAAAUGGACAGCCGGAGCCACAAAACAAAGUCCCAGCUGAAGACCUUGCAUUGACAUUCAGUGAUGUGCCGAAUGGAUCAGCUUUGACACAGGAGAAUCUCAGCCUCCUGUCAAACAAGACCAGCUCUUUGAACCUGUCAGAAGACUCUGAGGGAGGAGGAGAUAACAAAGAUUCCCAGAGAUCAGGAGUUACUUCCAGUUCUGCUCCCUAGAAUACGGGUGCCCUGCUUCUACCUUCUGCUCCUAAUCAAUUCAUAGGACAUAGAGAUAGAAGAAUGGAUAACUUCUAAACUUUUUCUCUGGGUGGUCAGCGAAAUCCAGGAAAAGCACCGGAGGCAAUGUGCACCAACACCACUACUAAACAAACCCUGCACAUAGUUCACAUUAAUGCAUUUUUUUAAUUUAAAGAAAAAGAAAAUUAGCAGUAUCUGCAAGCAAUUCAGAUUAAAUUUGUUUUUGUUCUGUGAAUGAACUUUAUUUUAAUAACUUUGGACGCCUUGGAUCCAGGGCUUUAAAAAAAAAGAAGAUAUUAUAUAUACACUCUGUUUGAUUAAUUGUAUGAUCUUAAUGAAGUAGGUUUUUCUUGUAUUUUGGUAUUAUUACAUACCCAGUGUAAAAUUCCUUUCUCUCAGUCCUUUCCAACUCCACAACCGUGUAAACUAAAAGCACUGUUUCCAAGAAUUCUGUGAUAUUGGAUUGGCUUAUUAGAAGCUGUGCAGCAAACUAAGGUUUUUAGAGCUAUUCUUCAGUGCCCCACACUGCACCCACACCCACCCUGAUUCAGGAUCACUAGCUUCCUGACUUUUCUUACAACAUUAAAACUUCAUUUGAGUAGGAUAGGCUUUUAGUUUCAACUUUUUAGAGAUUUCAGCAGGCUGUUGAUGGUUAGAGCUGCACUUUUCCAUGCUAAGGAUUCCUUGCAUUCUUUCCAUAAAAUCUGAAAGCCUGUUUGGUGUUUACAUUGCUUAAUUAGAUUUAAAUUAAGAUUAUCUUUGAACUCACAACAGGACAUGGUGGCUCAUUUUGGUAAUCCCAGGACUCAAGAUGCUGAGGCAGGAGAAAACCAAAAAGAGGAAAAUAAAUGAGCUUCAACUUGUUAAUGGUGGAAACACAGUUCCUGUCCUCCUAUGUUGAGCUCAUGCUGUAAAUUGGAGCUAUGCUCAAAUGCUCAAAAAAAUCACAAUAACCAUGUUCUAAAACUUGGAGGGUUGGCUCGCCAGUACUGGUUGCACUUCCACAAGACCUAGGUUCUUCCUAGCACCCACAAGAUGGCUCACAACUGCCAGUAACUCUGGUUCCAAAGGAUAUCACACCCUCUUCUGACCUUGUGGGGCACAGACACACAUGGGUGCAUGUACACACACACACAUAAAACCAUAAGUUUUACAUUUGAUGUGAACUUAAAUAAAUGGGGACACAUUUCAAUGCAAUUUUUAUUUUUCUUUCAAAAGUAUAAAAGAUUUGGCAGAUAAAAAUUGAGUCUUGAAGAUAGUUUAUGUAUUGAUUACUUGUGCUGCUCAGAAAUUACUAGCAUAACUAAAUAACUUGAAGCGGAUUUUUAGACUUUCUUUCUGGUAUUAAAAUUGUUUAUGAAAACAUUCUUAAAGAAUAAGGAAGGAUUUUUACUUAGUUUUGCUGCACAUAUUCUAAUGCUACCACUGUAUGCUUAAUUCACUAAGCCCCUGUAAAAUGAGUUCAUUGGGGGACUAUUCCACAGUCACUCAAUCCCUCUGACUGCCUGACAUCCAGUUUCCCUUUCUAGAUACUACUACUAAACAAGAAAGCACUGGUUAUGUAAUAAGUUACUGCAUUGCUUUGGUUGGGUAAAAGCAAAAGUUUAUAUUUUUCUUAUUUCUUAUAUUCCUACCCGUUAACUCCUGCUGAGGUCAGAGCCACCUCAGUCUGCUCUGUGUCUGUCAUGUUGUUAAUGGAAACAAUUGGGUGGGGGUGGGGUGGGAAGGGUAAAAUAGUCCUGCCAUUGCCUACCAGUAGGAAAUCCAAACAGAACACUCAUUUGAGUAGCGAUUAUUUAAUUUGCCCAGUCAAGGCACCGUGUUUAUAUACUAUUUCACAUUGAAUUUGAUUAUGCCCUACAGACCUGGCUGGUCAAGGAUUUGAUAUACACAUAUUGGCUUGGGAUUCGAGCUUUCUUUUUUAUUUAAAUAAAAAUUUAUAUAUAUUAUAUAUAUACAUAUAUACAUUGCUAUAUCUGUAUAUAUAUUGGGUAUGUUUUAAAGAUUUCUUCGCAUGAGCGCAGCUGUUGCAAUAAAAUGACCGAUUGGGAGGUAGAAGCACUGAAUGACAGUGAGGCAUUUUCAGUUGAUACAUACAUUUUUCUUUUCAUUUGAAAUAUAUGUUUAUACAUCUGCUUUCUUGGCUUUUUUUUUUAAAUAUAAAACAUCUUUUACAUUUAUACUUUAAAUACUCAUUAUUUAUUGAGAGAAGGAAAGAAAUGUUAUGUCUGACAAGAUUUUUGUUUUUAUGCACAUCUAUAAAAUGCCACAUUAUUGGCCUCUUGCCUUCAGUAAACAGAUUUGGGCAGGACUUAAUUUCCUUUGGACAUGUCAGAUAAUUCCUAAGUAUGAGAAACAGGAGGUUUGUUUUAGAAAUUGCAAUGACUAGGGGGGAAAUCUGCAUAUUGGUUUUAUUGGAGUUAAGAAUAAAAGUAAAUUUUCCUUGUGGUGCAUAUGCAACCCCCGGAAUGCACUCUGCUGAGGUGCACUAGUAUGUGAAACCCCCAGAAUGCACUCUGCUGAGGUGCACUAGUAUGUGAAACUCCCAGAAUGCACUCUGCUGUGGUGCACUAGCAUCCCUCCAGCUGUUAUUCUCACUUAGGGAGAAAAUUAGCCUCUUAAUGUUGGGUUGAGUUCCCCAAGCCCAGCCUCUAGCCAGUCUGGCUGGGGCGGAAAGUAGAAGACGGUGUGCUUACAAUUUCUCUGUUGAAGAAAUUGGUCAUUUUCCCUUACAAAUUCUUAGAUGUGUUUUAUGUGUUGGGGGAGUGGUUGUUUGUGCCCACUGGCAGAUGUGGGGAUUCAAUAAACCCCACAACCUUGAGGAUGUUUUCUCCCUUUAACAGAUUUUGUGUUAUGAGGCAACAAUAAACUGAAGCAUAACUUCAUGACUCUUAACUGCUGUUUUUGUCAGAAUCUGAAAAGCAUUGAUUUUUAUUUUUGUCUUUAGAGACAUUAAGAAACGACCCUCAUCAAAUAAAAAGUAAACUUUUACAGCAGCACCCGUUUGUGAGAUAGAGUUUACCAUGCAGCCCCGGCUGGUUCUGAACUCAGGAUCCUUCAGCCUCUGAGCACUGUGAUUCUAGGCAUUUGCCACCAUGCUCGGCAAUAUGCAUGGUUUUUCACUUAAAUGGUUUCUUCUGAGGAUGACUAUUUGCUUUUUAAUGUAUUUAAGACCAAGAAUCAUCUAAGAUAAACAUGGACAAUUCUGGAAGGGUUCUGAGCCUUACGUUCAUACUUGUUCAGAAACAAAAAGCCAGUGUAUUAUCGUAGUGAAUAUAUAAAUAAAAGUACUGGGGCUCAUUCUGUUUUCAGUGAGUCUUUGGAAAAAUGAUAAAAAUGAGAAUGAAAUAUCUAGACCCUCUUUCCUAAUUUAUAGCCACAAGUCUAAUAGCUACCCUCUUCUGAAGGAUAACUUAUAUAGUCUGAUGUGACCAAAGAGCCAUUCUUUGCUACUUUUCUAAUUAAACAGAACUUGUCGCCUAAGUUUCUAAUAGUAAUGUUCAAGUGACAAGACACUAUUAUUAAUGUCAAUUACAAAUAUUCAACUACUCCGAAUGUGUAAGAACUCAUUUGGUACGGCAUUAAUGUGUGUUAUUCCCUUCUCUCAUUUUCCUUCCCUUCUGGUUUUUUUCCCCCAUUUAUUUAUUCUUUUGCCUAAAGGCAAGGGAUUGACGUGAUUCUCACUUGCUACUCGGAUACAUGGUCCCAUCGGAUUCCCAUGAGCUUCAUUAUGGGAGCUUGAAAUUUAGUUCCUAAGUUUCCCAUGAUUAUCUUUUUUCUUUUCUUCCUGAACCCUUGCCAUUCUGCAGUUUCCCCUUGACUUACCCAAUCUGUAACAGUGACAGUUUGCUGCCUCUAAACAGAGCAUUCAAAUGAAUUCGCUUAGCCAAUGACUUCUGUGAAGUUGCCUUUUCUAAUGGCGUUAUUACUCAGUGAUGCACAGAUGUGGUAUUUGCCCUACUGGCAGGCAAGCAAAGGUCUGGUAAAAAAUGAUAACCUGCUAUUUCUUUAAGGAGCGCCAAAGACUUGUGCUUUACUCUGUUUUGGUUUUAGGAGAAAUAGUAGCCAUUUUGAUUAUGAAACCUGGUAGUAUUUGUAAGUUGAUUGUACUGUGUAGAUGUCUAAAGUUAACUGUAAGGUUAGCUGGCCUUAUAAAAUGUAAAAGUAAUGAAAAUUCAUCAGUUUAUAUAAACCAGUAAAUAAUCAUCCUUGACAAUAUUUGUUUAAGCAACUCACUCUCCCGUCUGGGGAUUAUCUUGAUGGAAUAGUAUCUUCUGUGUUUUUCUGUACUCUCACCUGUGCCUACAGGACAAUGUAUUUCACUAUGGUCAAGUCAUGGGGCUAGGAAUUUUUCCUGAGCUUGAGGCUUGUGAGAAAUAGUUAACUGUAGCUAAUACCUAUUCAGCUAUGUUCAGGGUCAGCGUACUUUCACUAAAUGGGAUUCAUGUGCUAUUAUUUAUAUGUACAAAUGGUAAUAAAAUGAAAUUUCACCAUAUUCUCCACUUGGGCUUUUAAAAAUCAAGUAAAGAGUUCAGUAUGUAAAAUCUUGUAAAAAAUCAUCUGUAAUGAUUUAUAUUUUAUUAAAAGAUAUGGCCUAAUUAGUUUUAAGGAGGAAUUAAUGACCUUGCAAAUAAACUACAGUUUAUUUACACUAUUACACCCUUACCCUAUAAAAUGUUCAAGUGUGUUAAAAUCUUGUUAAUACAUGUUUAUAGUGUUGCAAAGGGAUCUCAUCUGAAAACAGAGCUCAGAGUAACUGACUUCACUGAGACAAUUUACUCUCCAUAGAGCUGAACACAAGUAGUCUACUACUGUUUUAUCUGCAUGCUUGUUUUGCAGAAACACGUCCAUGUCUAUCUUGGACAGCUACAGCUUUUAUAUUUAUUUCUUCAGCUCAGCUUUUGAAAAUUAAUUGUUGAAAUGACUUGCUGGGAGUUUUGGUAAAUUCUUAGUUCUCAAUCACCUUUUCUGAGCCACUUAAGAAAAAGAGCUGGUUUUGUUUUGCUUUUUUCAAAAGGUAUAAUUUCAAAUAAAACCUUUUUGUUACUUGAAAUUUUAAGAUUCUAUUUCUGUAACUGCUAAAGGUGUUUUCAUAGGUAACCUAUUCUAAUUGAUUAGUAAUACUAGUUACAUUAAUAAAGAAGAGGAAGCUGCUACCCGCAGGAGUAAGUAACGCCUUCCAAUGGGUAUGUUCUCUGUAGGUAGAUUUUCUGUACCACACUGAAUAAACUGGGGGGAAAGCCCUUGGAACCCCUUUGUCCCUUAGCACUGGGAUUGCUCUCAGAGCCUCUGGAUCUCAGACACUGAAUCUCUUGAACUUAUCCUUGAGCAAAAUGGCUUUUCUUUUCACAUUAACUCAAGGUGGAAAACUUAAACCUGAAGACAGUACUGUGUCAGAAAAAAAUGUGUAUUUAGAAAAAUGAAACCCUGUGGAAUUUGUUAUCCUGAUGUAUGUUAUUUAGUAGAUAAGAUGACUUUAUUUUGUAUAGAAGACUCACUUUCUGGUGACUGUUUUGUGUUUUGUCUUUUAAUGCUGAGUAGACAGAUCACAAGUCUUUGGCUCCUGUGUUAGAUUGUGCAGAGUCAUCUUAGAACUGGAAACUGUCAGGUGGUCCCAUUCUUAUUGAGGGCAUGAAAGGUCAAGAAAUGAAUGCAAACAUACUGGGUGGUUGAUGGUCUGGAUUUUUUGUUUGUUUUUGGUCUCCUUUAAAAAGUUGUUAUUUCUGUAAUUUAUUAGUGUAGCCUGUCUCUGGUUGGCUGGCAUUUCACAGUAAUAUCCAAACCACCCCAUAAAUUUUUAUUUCUCUACUUAAAAGGCCUUUAAAGCUUUUGCUUUUCAGCUCUGCAUUCCCUGAGAGAUUUCCCCCUUAAGUAUGUUGCCUAACUCUCCACUCAUCCUUUGUUUUCCCCACCUUCUGGAUGUAAAAGAACUGAAAAAAUGGCCUUCCCUGGUCAUGGGCCUCAGUGUCUUCCUUUGUAAUACAUCUGUGAGUUUCCAGGAGAAAUGCAGAAAGUGAGCUGAGGCUGUGAGCAGACCUUUCACCCACCUAAACAUUUUCCAGUUGUGAGGUUCCUCUUCGUGUGUGGUCCUUCCUUUCUACCCCCUGCCAACCUUCCCUGACUAUGGUCAAUUGGUCUCUGGCUCAUACCAGUCUCCUGAGACAUUCUGCAGUUGUUAUCACCUUUUUGGGUGCAUUUUAUUUACUUUGUUCUUUUGUUUUUUAAAAAAAAUAACUUUAACAUUGAUUCAUAUUUGCUUGGGAUAGAGCUUGUGUAAUUUACCAAUCGUAUUGAUUGUAUGUGAUUGUGCCCUGCAGAGGUAUACUUAACAAAAGUAAUCUAAGUUAAUAAAGGAGCCCAUGAGAUUUGAGUCAGAAUAGAAGUGACUUUAUGAAAUUGCAGUUUUGGAUAAUGUGAAUUCCUUUCUCAGAAUCAGUGCUACGUAAAUACUUAUUUUUAAAGAUUUUUACAUUCCUGUAUUUUCCCAUGGCCUCAGCUCCCUAUUUUUAUGUCAUUCUAUGCCCACCUGCUCAGAUUUUUUUCAAUUGAGCAUGAAAAUAGCAAUUGACUUUUAAAUUAAUGAAUUUUGGGAAAUUUUACAUUUUCCUUUUGUUUCCAAUUGAGAACAAAGGAUGGGUUGAAAUUCACUAACCCGUGACUGACUACUUAGCAUCUGGCCAACGCUGAGAUUUUAUCUGGAGGCAUUAUUUUUUGCAAGUUCUCUUUAAAUAGGAAAAAAGGACCUUGCCUGAAAUGGAACAUUCCCUUUCUUGCUUAAUCUGUUUGUUAUUUCCAUUUUUAAACAGCCUUCAAAACAAUGAGGUGAAAGAAAAGAAAUAGGAAUGUGUUCAGAGCUGCAGAACUCUGAUCUGAAUAAGUACACGUUCCACUGCUGCACAUUUUUGAGAAGCUGUAGGCCUUUUUUCUCAAUCUCGCAUUAUUUGUGUGCAUGUUGUUUAUAGUAAAGAUGCCACAUUUUGUUAAAAUGCUAUUUCCUUUCUUACCUUGGGAACUGACUCAGCCUCUUGUUGCUCCUAAUUAGGGUUAAGGCUCUUGUGAGUUGCAGAUAAAAGGAUUCAUUUUAACAAAUAGAAGGAGGUGAUUCACCUUUUGGAUUGUAAAUAUAUGAAAGUGUCUACAAGGUCUUUAUCUGCUUUCUGUCAGCAUUUAUAUUAAAUGAUAAAUUAACAAGGA